AUGGUGAUAACAACCGAUUCCAAAUAUAUUGAAGAAGUAGAUAUACCCGAAAAUCUACAACUUGAAAUAGAUUUGUCAGAUCCACUCCUCAAAGGUAAUAGCAAUAGCAACACAAAUGUUUGUACUCAGUCAACUCUUAAUACUACCACGUCAACAGUUUCUCCCGUGAGGAAAAGAUUUGAAUCAUUGCCAGAGGGCUUAUCGGCUUCCUCAUCAUCGCUAGAUUCCUUGAAUCUGCUGUUAGAGAAACAAAUGACAAAGCAAUUAAAUCAUCCACAACAUCAGGAGCAUCUUGGUUCUGGCAAAUAUUCCCCAUUGGGUGGUAAUGGUGGAAAACUAGGUAGACGAACCAAGGUUAAAGAAACGAAUAGAAUAUCCUUGACAUAUGACCCGGUUUCAAAGAGAAAAGUCUUAAAUACUUAUGAAAUUAUAAAAGAAUUGGGACAUGGCCAGCAUGGAAAAGUAAAGUUAGGAAGAGAUCUCGUAACGAAACGUCUUGUUGCCAUAAAGAUAGUUGAUAGACAUGAAAAGAAAGAAAGAAAAUUCUUUAGCUUUAAGAAGCCAGGAAAGACUGAGAACGAUAAGAUUAAACGUGAAAUUGCGAUUAUGAAAAAAUGCCAUCACAAACAUGUGGUAAAACUAAUUGAAGUUCUCGAUGACUUAAAGUCCAGAAAAAUUUACCUAGUACUUGAAUAUUGUUCAAGAGGCGAGGUUAAAUGGUGCCCCCCAGAUUGUUUGGAAACAGAAGCAAAAGGUCCAUCGCCGUUGAGCUUCCAAUUUACCAGAGAAAUCCUCAGAGGUGUGGUUUUAGGUUUAGAAUAUUUGCAUUAUCAAGGAAUCAUACAUCGGGAUAUCAAGCCAGCUAACUUAUUAUUAUCAGAAACAGGAAUCGUCAAGAUAUCAGAUUUUGGUGUAUCAUUGGCCGCAUCGAGCUCAAAUGUUGAUGGAAGUGAUGAAACAAUCGAUGAAUUAGAACUUGCAAAAACAGCUGGAACGCCAGCUUUCUUUGCACCUGAGAUAUGUUUGGGAGAGGAUGCAUUUGAGAAGUAUCAACUUGAUAGGGAGGAAUUGUUUAAGGGCUCUUGUAUAUCCUUUAAAAUUGAUAUAUGGGCGCUUGGGGUCACAUUAUACUGUCUUGUAUUCGGUAUGCUUCCGUUUGUGUCAAGCUUCGAGCUGGAGCUAUUUGAAAAGAUUGUGAAUGACCCCGUUAAGUUCCCAAAAUAUUCAGAUAUGUUGAAGAAUAACCAAGUGCUUCAAAUGACUGAAGAAGCCGAAUAUGAGGCAGCAAAAGACUUACUGACUAGACUGUUAGAAAAAAAUCCUAUCAAAAGAAUAAAUAUUGAAGAAAUCAAAAGACAUCCUUUUGUAUGCUGGGAUUUUGAUCAUUUAGAUGGAGAAAGUGAGCAGGAAUUGUCCUUGAAACUAGAAGAAAAGAUGAACUUCCAAUGCGCUCAGAGAGAUUAUCUAACUCAAAUAUCUGUUACUAUGCAUGAGCUAAAUAAUGCAGUGUGUGGCGUGGGGAAGGAAAUAAAAGAAUCAGAUCUACAGAGCAUUACUUACCGGGAGAAUGCAUCAUCUGAUAACAGUAUCAAUCUAGAAAAAUUUAAUUUGAUUCGGGAUAGAGACAAUAGCUUAAUAGUGAGUGAAGGUUCUAUUUUGAAAAACAUGAAAGACUUGAGAAGGCUAUCAAGCAAAAAGAGUGGGGCAGAUGAGAGUCUAAAGAAGGAGACAAACUUAGAGCAAAGUCAGCUCCUGCUACAAAAUCUAAAGCUUGUUUCUAGUGAAGAUUGUGAAUAUGACCAGGACGCUGACUUUGAGGAAUCUCACGGUACGUCUUAUAGUGACAAUGAUGAGAGCGCUUCAGAAACUUUAUCUCAGAAAGAACAAUUUGAAAAAGAGAUGGAAGAAUUUGAAAAAAGGCAACAGAAUAACAACGUCGUUAAUUUGCCAAUUAAUUCCUCAUUUGCUUCCUUGGACAGUUUUUAUAUUGACAACUUUGCAAUGACGAAAAUGGGAAUGGAUAAUGAAGUAACCAACCCAGAACAAAGAAACUCUUCAGCGUCUACUUUUACAAAGUGGAAUACUGGUUCAACACAUAGCGUUUCACCAAUUUCUCACAAUUCAGCACAUUUCACUAAUAAUGGAAACCCUUCUGGGAAUACAACUAAUAUUAGUAGGAACCCAUCUUCCCAUAUGCUACCAUAUUCAUUAGGAAUGAGUUCGACUAGAAAUGACAGGAUUCCCCGCAAUCAUUCAAUUUCACCGCACUAUAGUUCUAAUAGUUCAAGAAAGUCAAGAUUACAGCUUUCAGAGGCAUUCCCAGCAAAGCUAAAAAUGACUUCUAAAAGCAAGUCUCAAACAAAUUAUCACGAAGGUUACGAAAAUACUGAGGUCGAUAGGGAGAAAGCAGGCAAGAGAGCAUCAUCUCACCCUCGGACCCAAAGUCGCAUGCAAAGAGCAAAUUCUACAACCAAGAACUCUAAUCAUGCUAUUGCUGCCAAAAAUGAGGCUGCAAAUAGAAGUACGGAUAGUAAUAGAAGUGAUUCACCUUUGAUAUCGCUACAGGAUAUGGUGAAAGCCUCUGGUAGUAAUCAAGAUACAUAUAACGUAAAGAAGGGUAACUUUUUCGAUAAUUUUAAUGGAGAUGAUGAUAGCAGUAGUCGUUCAUCUGUUUCUUCUGAAUCAUCAGAAUCCUAUUCUGAUGUCCCCAUUAGUGAGGACUCAUAUAGUAGUGCUAGCGUUUCAAGAAGAAAUACAGAUACAGAGUCUUUGCCUUAUGAAUUUGGAAUUGAUUCUGGACGUGCUAGUACAGUGUCGUUAAGAGAUGUUCCUCAAAAUUUGGGUAAUGUUAGGCCGUUUUUAGACUUGCAUCCAUUAACCAACUCUUCAUCAAAAGGUUCUCAACAAAGAAGAGAUUCUAUGAACUCGUCAGGUUCUGAUUCUGAUUCUGAUGGCCCUGGCUCAGUGUUGGUAUUAAGAGCUGGCAAUAAAGGGCAUAUGAGGCGCCAAAAUUCUUAUCAAAAUGACAGGCCAUUUAAUGAUAGUGCGUCCACUAUUACACCAGGUGCCACAUCACCAAAAAGGUUUUACGCAAAAGGAUCAACACUGCAGCCUACUAAUGAUAGAGCGAAGGGGUAUUGUAAAUCAAAUCUGAACCCUGGCGUUAUGGCAGCUAAUGCUGGUACAUUAGUAAUGUCUGACUCUAGGGCUAAACCUGUAAUUGGAACAUCAGACGUGUUUGGCACUAUAUCGAACUCAACUUUGACUGACGUUGCUCGUCAUCCACUAUCACGAGACUUAUUAAAAGAUGCCUUAUCAAGUGGUGAGAAUAGUGGAAGAAGAGGCUCCAUUCCUUUAGGCAUAUUGGGUAUUGGCAGUAAUUCCUCCCCUAUGAAUGCUACGGUUGGUGGCACACUAAAUAAGAGAGCAUCCUGGUCAAAAGAUCGGACCUCAUUAAGUGAUGACGAACUACAUAGCAAAAACCACUAG